ACCGAAGCAGCCCCUGCCCCCCAUGAUGCCUGUUUUGAUAUCUUGUAUUGGGUUUAUCGUUAACAUCCCUGACCUUUCAUCAGUCAAGUCGGAGAUAUCGUUAUGUACACUUCGAGGGGAAACCUAGUCGCUGUAGGAGUUUUCUUUUUGCUAGUUUUUGGAUCCAAAUCAAGAGGAUUAGAGUCUCUAUGGCCUGCAGGACAAUAUGGCCUCGUUAUGCCAUUGUCUGGGUGUCCACUAGCUCAGUUUAUGUGGCAGACAGGAUGGAGGUUUCAAGACACUGAAGACAAAACACCCUCGAACGGGCGAUCAGACAGUCUUCACAUCGAAGGAUCUGUAGGAUUUAGUAGCGUCAACAAAUCAUUUUGUAUGAAAAUUAAUACCUCACAAGACAGUAGCUUGCAAAAAACAUGGCCCAAAGGUAAAUACUGCAUUUACAAGAAAGGACCUUAUUGCCCUCAAGGUUUACAAUCAGGAUUAGUCACGUGGGAUGACGAAGACUCAGAAAAUACAAACAGCCAAUCAGGUGCUCUGCCUGAAGGUUAUUACUCAAGCUCACGAACAACCAUUCAAUACUGCUGCAGUAUAGAAGGUACCAAGACCACGCCCAUCUCAUUACCCAUUGAGAAGCCAUUCUAUUUGCUUGCAUACAACUCAAAGCAAUGUCAGCAGGUUAAGUGGGCGUUGGCUACACGUGAAUGGAUCUACUAUGACACUGAAAAUGGCGUGAAUAACGAUGGAAAGUACGGMAAUUAUCCUUAUGAAGCUAAGGGCGGAGUUGACGGUCAUACCAUUCAUUAUUGCUAUUAUACUARUUGUAAGUACAUACUCAAUGCUACUUCCGGUGUGUUCCAGUCCCCUAACUUCCCUAAUGAGUACCCAGAUGGCCAGGUCUGCUCGUGGAGGAUCACGGUAUCGUCYAAUCACGUCAUAAAUCUGCGAUUUACGAAUUUUUCCUUGCGUUCCCCCGGUGACGUUGUGCAGGUAUAUGAUGGUUUCAACGACAGYKCARCAUUCUUGGGUAGUUACCAUGGUGUUAGGGUGCCUAGCAACCUCAAGUCGUCAUCUAAUUCUYUGUAUGUGGUGUUUCGAACUGAUGAUGGAUUGAGUGGCAUGGGAUUUAAAGCUCAUUAUGAAGGCAUUGAUCCUAGUGGCGAUGGCCAGUCAUCUACAAGUAUUACACACUCCAAAACAAUGACUUCUACAACUGCCCCAACAAGAGAAAGCACACUUAGUACUSCAGACAUUUCUUCACGUUCUUCAGUAACCGAUCCUAGUCAAGAUGGUAAAGUGUCUUGUUUAAAAGAGUCAAAAGCCACUGUACAUACUGCCUCAAUUGUUGUACCAGUAAUUUGUGUGAUAAUAUGCAUCUUGAUUGCUUCAGCAUUGAUUUAUCAUUGGAGGAAAACAAAGAAAAGAGAAAAAGAUAUGACUAUAAUAUAUCAAGCUAAGACGGCAAGYAAUCCUUCCUAUUUUGGUACUAAAAUAGUGAAAAAUAAGCACAUCAAAAAUGAAGAUGAGGUUUCUAUUGCACCAAAUGAAGAAGCAAAGGAAGAAAUCUACCAAGAAGUGACAGAAAAAAGAAUUGACAACCCUCUGUAUGAAUCACAAGAUCAUCUUGACACAGGGAACCCAAUUUAUCAAUCAACACCUGAUAGUACAUACGACAGCAUACCAUACAACAAUGGCUUCUUCCAUGGACUAUCAGAAAAUUGAUUUGCAUUAAAAAUUAUUUUAUUA